AGCCUGCUUGGGAUUCUCUUUCCUCUCUCUGCCACUACACCCCUGCCUGCAUGUGCUCUCUCUCUCUCAAAAUAAGUAAAUAAAAAGUUAAAAAAAAUAAAAAUAGUACUGUCUCACAGUAUUAUUGUGAGUAGUACUUCCCAGGCACCUGGAUUCUGUACUCCCUCCAAUGCCUGGGAAUGGUGCUAGGUGGUGCAACCUGGGCUUAGACUUGAUUUCAAGCGAAACCUGGCACAAGAAGUUAGGGUUGCCAGGUUAGCAUAUGAAAAUAGAUAAUCCCCAGUUAAAUUUGAAUUAUUUCUGAAUGCUUUUGCACAUGUAUACUGGGAUAAAAUAAAAAUAUUGCAUAGGAAAUACUUGUACUAAAAAUUAUUUGUUGUUUAUCUGAAGUAAAUUUUAAGUAUCUAUUCUACGUACCUCUUUAAUUGUAAGUAUUUUUCUUCAUUUAACAUUUCUUUGUUUUGUAUAAUUUCCUUAUAAAACUCCUUGCAUUUGCAGUCUAUCUUGCAUUUGUAUUGUAAUAUAGCUUUUAUCUUGCUCACAUCAAAACUGUUUAAUUCUUUUGUCCACUGAGCAUUAAUGAGAAAACAUGCUCAACAUUUGCAUUAUGAGCCAGUAUACUGAAAAAGUACUUGUAUAAAGUUAAGAACUUUGGGAAUUGCUCUUCAAAUUUGUAUUGUUGCAGUAUAUAAUACCGUCUUUCAUGGUGUAAAUUGUUUUCCCAUUGCUCAGGAUUAUGUUGCAUAUUUCACUCAGUGACUUUUAAAAAAUAUUGUCCACUGACAAAAAAGAGUGUUGUCAAAUUUUGUUCCCUUUAUAAGACUUCUCACAAUGGUUUCCCUUAUUUUCAUGCUGGAAGAGUAUUUCAUAGCAUUCAUAUAAAAUGAUUGAAUUCUUCAAAUGUUGGUACUGAUUUCAAAAGAUAGGCAUAGCAAAUGUCAUAAUAAUCUCAAGUUGGGAUUUCUUUUCCUGUAAGUAAAGUGUGGUUUGCUCACCUCAUGGGAAUUGUUGAUCUGUUCUGCUGCAUGUUGUCUCAUAUGUGUGGGCAUGACGGAACAAUAGAUUGGUUAAGUUUGGCGUAUUGUGUCUUGGCCAUUUUACCUGGGUAGCAGUUCUAAAUUUGCUCUUCCCAGAAGGUGUAAAGUCAGAAAAAUUAUUUGUUUUGUGAGUUACAUUUCAUUUUAAUUGUAUUAGGAACUUUGUUUUAAUUGCUUCUAGGGGACUUCAUCCCAAAAGUACUAGAAAGUUUCUAAAUUCUAACCAAUCCACAUUGUGAACUUUAAAUUACUUUUGGGACUAGAAAGAUCCUCAAAGCAGCAAAGACCAUAAGCUGCUUUGGUGCUCCAUUGGCUGUUCCUUUAAAGGCUCCUCUACUAGUUAAGUGACUGUAAAGAGGUCCAACUUUCAUUUUUACUGGAAGUCAGUUCUGUUUUUCCACUGGUUAAUCAUUUUAUUUGUUUGCUUUUGUUUUGUUUUUGUUUUUACUGUAGCAAUGGCAAUUACUUGGUAUAAAUGAAAACUGAGAAACAGAUAGUUCUUUUAGUUAUAUUAUUGAACUUAUUGAGAUGGAAUUUAUGAGUGUAGCAAUCUCACAAAAAAGUAGGACUUCUGUUUCUGUCAUUUUGAUAUAAAAAUAUUCUAUAUUCUAGUGAAGUGGGGAUAUAAGUAAUUAUAACAUAUUACCGUGCUUAAGAAUAUUUUGAGUGACCUAUCUCUCUUUAUUAUGGGCAUUCUGAAUACGCAGUGAGAGUAAGAUUGGCAGAGAAGCUGUUAGAACAGAAGCUGAUUUCUGUGCAGGGAAAAGAUAAUAUGUAUUUUCUCAUGCCUGCAAGUAAAAGAGUAAAUCCCUCAUAACUUAAAUUUCUUAGGUUAUACCUUUAUUAGGGUUUGUAGAUUGAGACAUGUGCACUAGAGUUUUUCUGAGAUCAACCUGUAAUUCGUUAUAUGUAUUAGGCAGGACAAUAGAGUUACCUAGACAUCCCAAUUUGUGCUGAAAAAGACGAAAAAGAAUAAUUUAAUCCAAAAGUUUGUUUUUUGACCAUUAGUAAUGCCUAUAGUUAAUAUUCUUAGGGUAUUACAGGUAUACAUUUCUCCCCAGAUUAGCAUUGACCAAAAGUUCUUUUUCUGAAGAAUAUCUUUUUCAUCUUGUUUUCUAGCCACAAAAUUCUGAGGUUAAAGUACCAUUGCAGCAGGACUUACAUACAGUAUUUUGUUUUAAUAAGUGAAGAACAGUGAUUUUGUUGAGGGUAACAUAUUUUGUUCUGGAUUGUUUGGUAAAAAUGUUAUGGUGACAUUGCAUUCAAAUUUCAAAUUUAUAAUGUAAGUUAGAUACAUAUUUAUAAACCAGUUGUAUGUGUUCUGAAUCUCUUUUCUAACAAGGUCUUUUUUUGUUGUUUUGAGCCAAAGCCUCCUUCAUGAUAUCUAAAAGUCUAUAACUGAGCUUAGAGGAUCAUAACAUAUUCUUAUGCUAUCUUUCUAUCCAGUCAUAAGUCUGUAUUACCCAUAAGAGAAGCCGCUUAAGGAUGCAAACACCUCUUGCAAACACUGCUGUAACAGAUCCACAUGUAUUCUGGCUGCUACAGAAUUCAUUUUGUUGAAAGAAAAUAUUAGCAUGGGAAAGACCAAUCAGUCUUCUGUGACAGAAUUUGUCCUACUGGGGCUUUCUGGCUAUCCAGAGCUUGAGGCCAUUUACUUUGUGAUGGUGCUGUGUAUGUACCUGGUUAUCCUGCUGGGAAAUGGAAUCAUCAUCAUUGUAAGUGUCUGUGACUCCCACUUGCACACCCCCAUGUACUUUUUCCUCAGUAACUUAUCAUUCUUGGACAUUUGCUAUACCAGUUCUUCUAUUCCCCUAUUUCUCAGCAGCUUCUUAACUUCACAGAAAACCAUUUCCUUCUCUGGGUGUGGAGUGCAAAUGUUUCUCUCCUUUGCUAUGGGAGCCACAGAGUGUGUCCUUCUGAGCAUGAUGGCAUUUGACCGCUAUGCGGCCAUCUGUAACCCUCUGAGAUACUCCGUUAUUAUGAGCAAGACUUCAUACAUGUCCAUGGCUGCUGGGUCCUGGAUUGCAGGGGGUGUCAAUUCUGUGUUGCAAACCUCUCUUGCAAUGCGGCUUCCUUUCUGUGGGGAUAAUGUCAUUAAUCAUUUUACUUGUGAAAUCUUGGCUGUCUUAAAAUUGGCUUGUGCUGAUAUCUCCAUAAAUAUUAUUAGCAUGGUUAUUGCUAAUGUUAUCUUUCUUGUGGUCCCAGUACUUUUCAUUUUUGUUUCCUAUAUUUUCAUUCUCUCCACUAUCCUGAAGAUUCCUUCUGCAGAGGGGAAGCGCAAAGCCUUCUCCACCUGCUCCGCCCACCUAACUGUGGUGAUUAUAUUCUAUGGAACCAUCCUCUUCAUGUAUGCAAAACCUAAGGCUAAAGACUUCUCUGGUACAGACAAAGUACAAGUCACAGACAAAAUCAUCUCUCUCUUCUAUGGAGUUGUGACACCUAUGCUCAAUCCCCUCAUCUAUAGUUUGAGGAACAAAGAUGUGAAGGAAGCUGUGAAGAAUAUGCUGUGUCAGAAAUGCUCCUCAGAGGGAAUGUCAAUGCUUUAAUCAAAUUCCUUUACUCUGAAUGCAGAACUGGAUCUCACCUGUAGGUUCCAAACUAAAUAUAAGGAUUGGUGGUACCAUUAACUCCUGAAAUUCUAAUUUUUCUGUUCCUGAUAUUUAAUUUUUUUUCAACGUUUAUUUAUUUUUGGGACAGAGAGAGACAGAGCAUGAACGGGGGAGGGGCAGAGAGAGAGGGAGACACAGAAUCGG